ACUGGGAUGAUGAUGGCUCAGGGCUGCUGGUGGCACUGGGCUGACGGGGUUUUGCUGGGUGUUGGUGCUGAAUAUUGAUCAGGAUUUCACCACCCACCUCUCCUCUGUGUUUGCUUCCUGCUGGGAUCUGCAGGAUGUGGCGUCACCCUCAUCCCUGCAGCCCCUGUCACCUCCUAAUGUCCAUACCAGGAGGUUUCCCCAGCAAAAAUCCUUCCCCAGAGUCUCCAAAUCCCCCCUUUUCAAGCCAGAGAAACCCAGAAGGGUCCCUGGAAUGUUCUUUGGGCUGUGAUCUGUCACUUGGGGUGUCCCCCUGGGAUGUGGUUUGUCAUCCAGGGUGUCCCCCUGGGAUGUGAUCUAUCUUUUGGGAUGUACCCUGGGCUGUGAUCUGUCACUUGGGAUGUCCCCCAGGCUGUGAUCUGUCACCCAGAAUGUCCCCAUGGGCUGUGAUCUAUCACCCAGAGUGGUCCCCCAGCAGUGUUUGCCCCUUGCUGGAAUGGAAUCCUGGAAUCAUUCAGGCUGGAAAAGCCCUCCAAGAUCAUCAAACCCAGCCCUUAACCCAGCACAGCCAUGUCACCCCUAACCCAUGUCCCCAAGUGCCACAUCCACACGUUUUUUGAACAUUCCAGGGAUGGCAACUCCACCGAUACCUGGGCAGCCUCUUCCAAUACCUGAUUGUCCUUUCAGUGAAUAAAUCCCCCCUGAUGUCCACCCUGACCCUCUCCUGGCACAGCUUGGGGCCUUUCCCUCUCAUCCCAUCCCUUGUUCCUUGGGAGCAGAGCCCGACCCCCACCUGACCCCCUCCUUGGCUGCUGGAGCGGGAUGCGGAGGAUGCUGGAAUGCAUAAUGGAGCACUGUGGUGCUCAAUAAUUCAUCUGUCACCCAGGAACAGCCACGUUUCUUCACAUCCAGCCCCUGCUCUGAGCUCUCUCAGCUGCUGGAGGGAGCAGCUCCAGUGGAGGGGGGGCAGGGGACUUGUCUGGGAUUCAAACAUUCCUGCUCUGCCCCACAGUGCAGGUCCUCCCUUGGGAAUUGGAUGGUUUGGGAGAGGUGUGUGUCCAAAACAGCCUAAACCUCCUUGGGAAAACUGGGAUUAAUGAUGGAUGAGCUGCACCAGGGUGCUCUGGUGCAGUGUCCUGCCCGUCCCUGUGUCCUUCCAUGUCCCAACACCCCAUUGUGACCCCUCUUGGCAUCCCAGGAUCAGGUCCCUGGAGCUUCUCCGGGUGAUUUUAAAGCACUGUGAAUGUUGGGGAGGGGCUGCCUAAGUGCAAAGUGCUGUUGGAGGGGAGGAGGAGGUGGCAGCAGCCCCGGCGGGGGGUGGGAUUUAUUAUUUAUCCCUCACAGAUGUCCUUAACUUUUGUCACUUCGAGCCGGGCCCGGCGCGUGGAGCGGCUGAUCCGAAGUGACAAGGAUUCCAGCUCCUUCCCAAGCGCCUCCAAGAGGGACUUCACAGGAGUCCAGCUUUGUUCCCUUUCCGGCCACAGCACUCCCGGGGGUGGGAUGCAAAAACCUCUGGCUCAGGGAUCCAAACUGGCCCAAACUGCCCCAAAUCAGGCUGUGCUCGGCUCCUGCAGGUGAUCCUGGAACACGCCUGGCUUCACAUUCUGUGGGAUUUCCACUUCCCACAGAUCUGGGCACAACCUUGUGACAUUUUUCCGUGGACACUGCAGCCUCCUGGAUGUCAUGAGUGGAAACUAUGGUGACAAAAGCUCCCUGGGAUCCCAGCAGGCACAGAACCGCUGGGGCAGGAACUCACACCACAAUCCGGGGCGGUUUUUUUUGUUGUUUUUUUUUUUUUUUUUUGGAGGCAAAACAUCCUUGAGCAGGAGGAUUUAGCAGGGAAGGAGCUUGUGGCUGUGCCGUUGCUGUGACGCUGCCGUGGUCGAUGUCCCCGGAGCCAAUCCCGACCCCGGAGGAUGAGCAAGCCCACGGACCUGCAGCACGACCUGGAACGCAGCCUCCCAGCCAUUGCCUCCAUCAGCUCCUCCUUCUCCCAGAGCCAGGGCUUCUCCCCGUACUUCUUCUCCCCCGAGAAGAGAAAAGCCAUCUCGGAUGUGAGGAGGACCUUCUGCCUCUUUGUCACCUUCGACCUGCUCUUCAUCUCCCUGUUGUGGAUCAUCGAGCUGAAUACCAAGGUGGGCAUUAAGGAGAACCUGAAGGAUGAGAUCAUCAACUACAAAUUCAAGACCUCGUUCUUUGAUAUCUUUCUCUUGGCUCUGUUUCGCUUUGUUGUGCUGCUCUUGGGCUACGCCGUUGUCCGCCUGCGCCACUGGUGGGUCAUCGCGGUCACUACACUGGUAUCCAGUGCCUUCCUGAUUGUGAAGGUUAUCCUCUCCGAGCUUCUGACCAAAGGGGCUUUUGGGUAUUUACUUCCCAUCGUCUCGUUUGUCAUUGCUUGGUUGGAGACCUGGUUCCUGGAUUUUAAAGUCCUAACUCAGGAAGCAGAAGAGGAACGAUGGUUCCUGGCAGCCCAGGCUGCAGCCUCAAGGCCACUACUGUACCCCCGAGCUCUCUCCGAGGGACAGUUCUACUCCCCACCCGAGUCCUUUGCAGGCUCAGACAACGAGUCUGAUGAGGAAGGUGUGGGGAGGAAGGCCUUGACAACUCAGGAAAAGGAGUAUGUCCGACAAGGCAAAGAGGCCAUGGAGGUUGUGGACCAAAUCCUCGCCCAAGAGGAGAACUGGAAGUUUGAGAAAAACAAUGACUUCGGUGAUGUUGUUUACACUUUUGAAAUCCCUUUCCAUGGCAAGACCUUUAUUUUAAAGGCUUUCCUGCAGUGCUCUCCUGAAAUGGUUUACCAGGAGGUGAUUCUGCAGCCCGAGAAGAUGAUCCUGUGGAACAGAACAGUGGCAGCUUGCCAGAUCUUGCAGCGGGUUGAGGACAACACGAUCGUCUCGUACGACGUGGCGGCUGGAGCUGCCGGCGGGGUGGUGUCCCCAAGGGAUUUCGUGAAUGUGCGUCGGAUCGAGAGGAGGAGAGACAGGUACGUUUCCUCAGGGAUGUCGACCACGCACAGCCUGAAGCCUCCGCUCUCCAAGUACGUCAGGGGUGAGAAUGGACCUGGUGGAUUCAUCGUCCUGAAAUGUCCCAGCAAUGCCAAGGUCUGCACCUUCAUCUGGAUUCUUAACACAGAUCUGAAGGGUCGCCUGCCCCGGUACCUGAUCCACCAGAGCCUGGCUGCCACCAUGUUUGAGUUCGCCUUCCACCUGCGCCAGCGCGUGGCCGAGCUCUGCUCCAAGCCCUGAGGACAUUCCAGUGCCCUCUCUGCUCUGUGGGGACAGGGACAGGACCCUGCACCCCAUCGGGGGGGGUUCCCCUAUUACCAGGGGGCUCAGCCCUUCCUCCCACCAUGGCUGCCCCUGAAUGGGGCCCUGGACCCGACUGUUCUGUGCCAAAUCCCUGCUCUGCCCCCCACGGGGGCUGGGCCAGCCCCCCCUCCCCACAAACAGGUUGGGGGCUCAGCUGGCACCCCCAGAUUCGUGUCACUGUGCCCCAAUUCCAUGAGGAAGAGGGGACAGAGGUGAUGGCUAUGUUGGUGAGAACUCAGCUGAGCCCUGUGCCAGGCUCUGCCCCUCCACCAGCAGGUGAAGGCACAGUUUGUAGCCCCCCACACCCACCGUGACCCUGGGGCUAUGUCCCCCACCUCGAGGACAGUGCUGGGGACCCCCCAAACCUCCCCUUGGCACUGGCCAAGCCCCCUCCUUCCCAAACCUGCAGCUCCUGGUGGAGCCAGCGCGAGAUUUGCCUUAAGCAGAGAAUUUGAUCCU